UACUCAGUGGAUGACUAACAUGUAAUCUCUCGAAUGACCUUGUGCAAGAUAUCUUUUCGACUGCUUGCAGCGGUGGUCUUCAAGAAAGUAGGAAAUUGCGGAGGGGAAGCUAAAAGAAGACUAUCUUAUCUGAUUGAUCGAACUUCCCAAAGGCUAAAGGAGAGGCCGACCAACCACGCAUGCACAACAAAGUCGAGACCAUCUCUCGGACUUCCCCAAUCUCACAGCUGCUCGACUCGACCCAGUCAACCCUUUUCUACGACUGAUAAUAUCCAGCACUACUCCCUAGGGUCGAAGGGACAGUCACCAUGAGCUCUCUCAAACAGUUCAUCCGUAAUGUUAGAGCGGCCAAAACGAUUGCCGACGAGAGAGCCGUCGUCCAAAAAGAAAGCGCUGCCAUCAGAGCUAGCUUUCGUGAAGAGAGCCACAACUCCAAUGUCAGGCGCAACAAUGUCGCAAAGCUCCUUUACCUAUUCACACUCGGCGAGCGAACCCACUUCGGUCAGAUAGAAUGUCUCAAGCUGCUAGCUUCACCUCGCUUUGCCGACAAGCGUCUGGGCUAUCUAGGCACUAUGCUGCUGCUCGACGAGAAUCAGGAAGUCCUCACGCUCGUCACAAACUCUUUGUCCAAUGACCUCAAGCACUCGAACCAGUACAUCGUCGGCCUCGCCCUCUGCACUCUCGGCAACAUCGCCUCGGUCGAAAUGUCGCGCGAUCUGUUCCCGGAUAUCGAGACCAUCCUCUCCAGCUCCAACCCAUACAUUCGACGAAAAGCCGCUCUCUGCGCCAUGAGAAUCUGCCAUAAAGUCCCCGACCUUCAAGAGCAUUUCUAUGAGAAAGCCAAACUACUCCUGACAGACCGAAACCACGGUGUCCUCCUGUGUGGAAUGACUCUGCUUGUGAGCAUGUGCGAAGCAGAUGAAGAGGAAGGAGGAGAGCAAGGUGUCAUCGAGAUGUUCAGACCCCUGGUACCUACACUGGUCAAGAUCCUCAAAAGUCUAUCCAGCUCUGGCUAUGCUCCGGAGCACGAUGUCACUGGAAUCACCGAUCCGUUCCUCCAAGUCAAAAUUCUCCGUUUGUUACGCGCCUUGGGUCGUGGUGAUGCUCAAACAAGCGAACAGAUCAACGAUAUCCUGGCGCAGGUCGCCACAAACACCGACUCUUCCAAGAAUGUUGGAAACUCAAUCCUCUACGAAGCUGUUCUGACUAUCCUGGACAUCGAGGCCGAUUCAGGCUUACGCGUUCUCGGUGUUAACAUUCUUGGAAAAUUCUUGACCAACAAGGACAACAACAUCCGAUACGUCGCCCUCAACACUUUGAUCAAGGUUGUCGCUGUGGAGCCCAAUGCCGUACAAAGACAUCGCAACACCAUUCUCGAUUGUUUGCGCGAUCCCGAUAUCAGUAUUCGCAGGAGAGCACUGGAUCUCAGUUUCACCCUGAUCAACGCAGACAAUGUCAGGGUUUUGAUCAGAGAAUUGUUGUCUUUCCUCGAGGUUGCAGACGCUGAGUUCAAGCCAAUCAUGACUUCCCAGAUUGGAAUUGCAGCAGAUCGGUUCGCACCCAACAAGCGAUGGCACGUAGACACUAUGCUCCGAGUCCUUAAGCUGGCUGGUAACUUCGUCAAGGAACAAAUCCUUUCCUCUUUUGUCAGGCUUAUUGCAACUACUCCCGAGCUCCAGACAUAUGCAGCUCAGAAGCUUUACGCCACUCUAAAGGACGACAUUUCCCAAGAAGGCCUCAAUCUAGCUGGCGCUUGGGUGAUUGGUGAGUAUGGCGAUGCCUUGCUCCGCGGCGGCCAGUAUGAGGAAGAAGAGCUUGUCAAGGAAGUCAAACAGAGCGAUAUCGUCGACCUUUUCACCAGCAUCCUCAACAGCAGUUACGCCGGUCAGAUUGUGAAAGAGUACAUCAUAACUUCUGCUAUGAAGCUUACUACUCGUCUCACGGAACCAGCUCAAAUUGAGAGGCUGCGAAGGCUCCUCGAAAGCAACAAUACCAAUCUCGAUGUGGAGAUCCAACAGCGUGCGGUCGAGUAUGGCAACCUGUUCGCAUACGAUCAAGUCCGCCGCGGUGUCCUGGAACGCAUGCCACCACCGGAAAUUCGCGAGGAACAAAGAGUCUUGGGUGAGGCCACGAAGAAGCGCCAUUCCAAGGUUCCAAAGAUGAAGAAGCCAAGUCAGGUUACCGAGCAAGACAUGCUUUUGGAUCUGAUGGGUGGCGACUCAAACAUGCCCGUUGCUGACUUGAGCUCGACGAUCAACGGAUCACAGCACAACGCAGACCUGCUGGCUGAUAUAUUGGAUGGAGGUCAAUCUGUGUCGAUACCGUCUCAGCUUUCGGCCACUACAUCACCUGCUCCCACUGGUAACAUGAGCUCGAUUAUGGACCUCUUUGACACACCAUCGACGACAGCAACACCACAACCGCCACCUCAACAACGAACACAAAGUGCCGAUUUGUUUGGUGGAAUGACUUCUCCACCGCCGCAAACGCAAGCGCCCUCGGGUCAUACAGUGUUUGACAAGAACGGACUUUUGGUGACAUUCCAGGUCCAGAGAAAUGCUACAGCAGUACAAGUGAUGGCUCGAUUCAGAAACACGGGCAACUUUGAGCGAUUGACAGACCUGAGUUUGCAGGCCGCCGUACCCAAGACUCAGAAGCUCCAACUGUUAGGCAUCAGCUCGGGCGAACUAGAUGGUGGAGAGGAAGCGACACAGCAGAUGCGCAUUAUCGGCGUUCAAGGACCACCUCCACCAAAGUUGCGCUUGAGACUGAAGAUCAACUAUGCACAGGCAGGCAGCCCAGCAACGACAGAGCAGGUGGAUUGGUCGGAACCAGCAUAGAAAGUAUAAUGAAACAAAGGGGAAGAAGAUGAGACAA